AUGGCUGAUGGCAAAGAGGACCCCGCCGUGUUCACCUGCACGUCUCUGCCCUCAGACCCACGGCUGCUGGCCACAGUGACUAACGCUUACCUGGGCACCCGUGUGUACCGGGACAUCCUCCACGUCAAUGGCGUGUACAACGGGGCGGUGGGAGACACGCACCGUGCCGACAUCCCCAGCCCCGUCAACGUUAGGAUGACGGUGCCCGGUGUGGACGGCCUGGCUGAGACCUUCACCUUGAACACCCAGACAGGAACCUUCAGCCACGUGCUUCAGGCAACUGAUUAUGCAGCCACCCAUCAGAUCUACGCUCACCAUUCCCUUGUCCACUUGAUGGCCUUCAGCAUCACUGUCAGGCGAUCAGCUCGCGCCACCCAACCCAUCACGGUCCAGCUCCAGACUCCUUUCGUGCCAGAGAGCCAGGACUUGGACCUGAACCAAGGACCAGACUUCCAGGGAGCACACUACGUCUACGGGAAGACACUGGUUCCCGAGGUGGAGGGGGGACCCCGUCCCACGGUUCACAUGCUCUGGACUCCCGUGCCGCAAGCCUUGACAUUGCAUGGGGAGGAGCGGGAGCGAUCCUGGGAGUUCCUGACGGCCGUGGCCGAGAGCGAAGAGGAGGCGAAGAGGAGCUACGGCGAAGGGCUGGCCCUCAUCGCUGCUGGCUCCCUGCACUCCUCCCAUGCCCACGCGUGGGCCACGCUGUGGCAAGGCUGCUGCGUAGACCUGGAUGGACCUCUGCUUUUGAGGCAGGCCCUCUACGGGUGUCUCUACUACCUGCUGAGUGCCAUCCCACCCCAGGGGAACCCGGGCUUCCUCUUCCACGGCAUCAGCCCUGGUGGCUUGUCCAACGGCACUCAGGGCGAGGACUACUGGGGGCACGUCUUCUGGGACCAGGACACCUGGAUGUUCCCGAACAUUCUGCUGUUUUAUCCUGAAGCUGCCCGAGCCAUCCUGGAGUACCGGAUUCGCACGCUGGAAGGAGCCUUACGCAACGCGCAGGAGCAAGGCUACAAGGGUGCUAAGUUCCCGUGGGAGAGCGCAGCCACUGGCCGGGAAGUCUGCCCUGAGGAGAUCUAUGGAGCCCAAGAAAUCCAUGUCACUGGGGACGUUUUGAUGGCCUUUGAGCAGUAUUAUUGCACCACGCAGGACCAGAAGCUGUUCAGGGAGGAUGGAGGCUGGAACCUGGUGGGUGCUGUGGCUCAGUACUGGUGCAGCAGGAUGGUGUGGAGCGAGGAGGAGCAAUGCUACCACAUCAAAGGUGUCAUGCCCCCAGAUGAGUAUCAUUACCGGGUUGAUAACUCUGUUUACACCAACGCCGUGGCCCAGCGGAGCUUAAAUUUUGCAGCUGAUGUUGCUCGGGACUUCUUGAUCCCUGUGCCAGAGGAGUGGGUGGACUGUGCCAAGAAUGUCAAAGUGCCCUUUGAUGCGGAGAAGAAAUAUCAUCCCGAGUAUGACGGUUACAGCCCAGGUGAGCCUGUGAAACAAGCUGACGUUGUCUUGCUUGGAUUCCCGCUGAUGCACCCCAUGAGCUCUGACAUCCGCAGAAAUGACCUGGAGAUGUACGAACCUGUCACUGAGCUGAAUGGGCCAGCCAUGACCUGGAGCAUGUUUGCAGUGGGCUGGCUGGAGCUAAAGGAGGUGCAGAGAGCCCAGAGCCAACUGAACAAGUGUUUCAGCAACAUCACGGAGCCCUUCAAGAUCUGGGUGGAGAACUCAGAUGGGUCAGGAGCUGUGAACUUCUUGACAGGGAUGGGUGGAUUCUUGCAAGCUGUCCUCUUUGGCUACACAGGUUUCAGGAUCACGAGGUCCAGCCUCCGCUUCAACCCUGCCUUUCCCGAUGACAUCAACGAGUUGAAAGUCACCGGCGUCUCCUACUUCGGCAACAAAAUGAAGUUCACCAUCACCAAAGAAGAGAUCAGGAUCAAAGUGAUCGAGUCUCCGCGGGAUGCUCUGGCAUCUCCCCUGGAAGCUGUGCUGGAGGAGUCGGGGCAGAGGUUUCCCCUGUGUGAAGGGCAGAGCGUCUCUAUCCCCACAGUGGCUGGCUGGAUUCAGAGGUCGCCCACCGAGACAUUUUAAACCUUGGCUGAUCCGGGUUUUACGCACCGAAGCCGCAGAAACAAGUUGAAGAGCGGAUGUUGGCGGAGGGGGAAGGGGGGCCACCAGCGACGCGAAGAAGUUUCUGCAAGCCCUUCGCCCACCGGUCACUUGUCCUCGUCGUCGCUCCCGCUGAACUGGUAGGUGAAGAAGCUGACGGACUCCUGGGCGAGCUUGGAGA